GCUGUCAGUCAGGUGCAAGAGUGCUGGCAGUGAACGUAGCGUGAUUCUCUCGUGGUUCUGAGCUGUUCAAUAGAGACAAUUGGCAUUAGGUUAUAUGAAAUUUCGUAAAAAAUGAUGUCACAAGGCGUUGGUAUAAGCGCAAUGGAUCGUCUGCGUGUAGAUUCACCGGAUCGAAAAACCAUGUGGAAGGAAGAAAAAGAGCGUAAGCUUGCCAAACUGAAGCAGCUGCGCGCAGAGAGAGAGAAACGACGAAGAGACCAACUGUCUAGAGAGGCUCAGGAAGCAGCUGUACGUGCGAGCAAUGCACCGCGAGAUGACCAGCAGGAUUUGGAUAAGAUGCUCUCCUCCCUGGGGGUGGCACCUGUCUCGGAUAAAGAUAAAGAUAAAAGCAGUGGUCCUAUUGAGGAAACUAGAAGCACUAAUCCGCCUGUAGAAGAACCAUCUGCAACCAAGUCUGGUCAGACAGAGGUCCUGUCGAGUAUGUCGAGCAUGUCCUCCGAGCCGGGGCAAGACCUAACGGGUUCGCCAGACAAGAGUCUAGAAGGGAAUGCUACCGCUUCACCAAGAACACCGAGCAAGAGGCCUCCACAGCUCUCAGUCGUAAGUGUACAGGCAACCAACAUCCCUCCUCGUGAAACGGUGACUUACACUAAAGGGGUGCAGACCUCAUCGUCGGGUGAUGGCCACGGAGAUGGAAUCUUAGCUCAAAUUCGAUCUAAAUACCACAAUAUGCACGAAUAUAAUCUAAACCCAGCGCUAGAAUGGGAUGAUGAAUUCACAGUUCUUACUUACGAUGACCCGCAAGCUGAGGAGGAGGACAACUCCUUGACCAUGCUUGACACCCCACCGAUGUUCGGAGGAGGCCACAACCGCCACCUUCCGCCCGGGAUUCUCCCCACGGGUAUGCCGCAGGUGCAGGACGUCAAGCCGGCCCUCGCCACCGAAGCCGAGAAGAAGGUCGAGGAGGAGAAGCCCAAGCCACCCCGUGAGCUGUCGGAUGAAGAGAAGCAGAUGCUGAUGAUGACGGAGGAGUUUCACAGCUUCUUUGACCACUCGACUCGUAUAAUUGAGCGAGCCCUUGCGGAGGACGCCAACAUCUUUGCAGAUUACUCGCAUGACCACGAAGAGGAUGGUGAAGCAAAUGAGAAUGGAGGUGUCAAGUUGUCUCUGAAUCGCUGGUUCUAUGACGAACGAUGGUCGCGUAACCGCUGCAUCACUUGCAUGGACUGGUCUCCUCAAUACCCAGAACUUCUAGUUGCCAGCUACAACAACAAUGAGGACUCCCCUCAUGACCCUGAUGGUGUUGCCCUUGUAUGGAAUACCAAAUUUAAGAAAGAAACACCUGAGUAUAUCUUCCAUUGUCAGUCUCCUGUGAUGUCUGCAACUUUUGCAAGGUUUCAUCCCAAUUUGAUAAUUGGUGGAACAUAUUCUGGACAAAUUGUUCUCUGGGACAACCGUAGCCAAAAGAGAACUCCAGUCCAACGUAGUCCCCUGUCUGCUUCAGCUCAUACACAUCCUGUGUACUGCAUGAAGGUGGUUGGCACUCAAAAUGCCCACAAUCUUAUCAGUGCAAGUACUGAUGGAAAGAUGUGUUCCUGGUCCUUGGAUAUGCUUUCACAGCCUCAGGAAUCAAUGGAGCUCCAGCACAAGCAGUCACGUGCAGUAGCAGUCACAUCUUUAGCCUUCCCUCACGGAGAUGUCAACAACUUUAUUGUGGGUUCUGAAGAAGGAGCUGUAUUUACUGCUUGCCGUCACGGAAGUAAAGCUGGUAUAGUGGAUGCCUAUGAGGGACAUCAGGGCCCAGUGACUGGGGUGAGCACUCAUGCUACCCUGGGACCCAUUGACUUCUCUCAUCUCUUCCUCACUUCAUCGAUUGACUGGACAGUCAAGCUUUGGUCUGUUAAGCAUUGGUCUAUGAAGGUAAGCAUUCAUGUGGAAUCAAAAGAGCUUUUUGAUUGUGGAAACUCAUUUCCGCAAAAGCAUGGAUGUCUGAUUUACACAUUUCUUCUGAGGUUUUUCCUUUGAUCACAACCAAAGUGAACCAUAGGAGGUGGCUGCUGUAUAUCUAAAUGUGUCUAGGAUAUAAUGCAAUAGGGAAUGGUUUUCUGUCACUAUACUGAUCUUGGGAACUAAAUAUUAUUGCUAUGAAUUUGAGGCAAAAACAUCACAUUCUCUUGGUAUGUGGCCUGAGAUAAUUUGGACUUGUACUACAACAGAAUUGGAAAUCUCUAUUCUUACAGUUUGUUGUUGUAGAAUUCUGCUUAUGCUAUGCAUGAUAAUCUUGUGCUUUACUAUCCAUUUCUUGAGAUUGAGAUUUAUCCAAAACAAGGUGGAUAUAUAUUAUCUAGUCAAGAAGUAUAUGUUUUAAAAAGUUGUUAUUUAAGGAGAUAUAUAAACAAAUAAAUUCCUGUAAAAGAUUUGGUGGGAGAUUAAAAUAAAUAUUAAUAGAUACAGUAGAAUAGCUGUAUCUUUAUUGUCUCAUUACAGAAGCUUUUUGCUGUGUAACAGGGUUAAGUUUUAUGUUCAAGUAAUAUUGCAUUAGUUUGUGCCUUAUCUUUUUUUUUAAUUUCUUUCGCAUUGUAUUAGAUGUUAGAUCCCAAUGGAUGUUUUUAUAAUGCUAAUUUUGAUAAUUGAAACCUUUUUCAUUUGGAGUUUUGGGUAAUUUUCACCAUCAAGAGCACUAAAGAUUUAUCCCACCAACCAUAAUUUCCACUCUUUUCUAAAAGUUGUUAGGGUGAAUAUUUCUGUUUGCUCCCCCCCCCCCCCCCCCAGUUAUUUGUUAAUAUUUAAAGCAUUUAGUAUGUCCUACUCUUCAAGGCAAGCAUUCACAAAGCACAGACUUCUCACAAGCAAUUUGAUAAUGCAUUAUAUUACACGUUUUAAUUUUUUCAAGAGUGCCUUCAUUCACAGAUAGGAAGUAUUCUUUGCUUUAGUUCAAUUUUCUUUCAAUGUUUUUGUAUUUGACUCUGGAUUAAGCUG